AUGGCCAACAUCGCUGACGAUGAAACUUGCCAAAUGGCAUCGGGUGUGCCAAAUAACGACACGAUGGAUCUUGAUGGGUUCAUCGAUUAUUGUCCACCGAAUGCAGACCGUGAAAUUGAAGUCGAGUAUGCACCAAUGGUUUCAAGGACGAUCUCAGUGGCAUAUCAUACUAAUGAAAUAACCGCCGAUUCUUGUUUAAUAGAAAGAUUUUUCUCCUGUUGCUCGGAUUCUGAUGAUUUUCAGGAGCAACCAGUGGCAGAGAGUGAGCCGGAGUUUUUAGUUGGUGACGAGAACAAUCUGAAGACCUAUCGUUUACACCUGGCAACUGUACCCGGAGAUAUGGCCAACCGUUUUACACUCGAGGAAAGCCAGCAGACACACAAAAAGUUAAUAGAUUUUGUUGUAGAUUUCUUGAAGUCAAUCAAAAUCAGUUGUCAAUUAUUAGACAACAUUAGUUUUUCACACACGGACAAAUGGGGAAUCGAGCUGUACGGUUGCCUUCUGGUGACGUGUACACGAAAAAUGAUUCAUGGAUUGGCUGCAUUAUUUGGCACAGCUUUGCGUCAGGAUGCCUUGGGAGUUUUUACGGACUUCACAAGCGAUAAUGAUCUACCACACAACGUAUUUCUCAUUAUGCGAUCGGAUUAUUUGUGUAUGCCUACCAACGAAGCUGUCGAUGUUGGCAAAUUUGUUCUGAGCGAUUUCCCUGAUUUAACGGCUCAGCGCGACAUUACCGGUAAACAUCUAGAACUUCAUGAUUAUUGCAAUGAGUACUCAAUAGUAAAAGAAACUAUUGUCAAUAUUUUGAACAAAGGCUCCUUGAAUAUUGGACCUUAUCAAGUUCAAAAAUCUGAACAAAAAAGUUUCCUUAUAGAACAAAGCGAUUACAGUCAAGCAAUCGAACAUGCUGAUCUCAAACCAUUUGAACUGAUUAUUCAAAUGUGUCAACUGCAUACAAACUCAUAUCGAAACAAUUAG